AUGAGCGAGUCAAAUGACGUAGUGAUGACAACAUCACAGACUUCAGAAUCGGACCCGUUAAUGAUCCUACCAUCCAAUGUAGUCCAAGAAGGAGACCACGUAAUUCUGGUAUUUGGAGAUGGCCGACAAUUGUUUGCACAGUGCCUCAAGAAACUCCGAGGCAAGGCCCCACCCGUCAAGAUCAAUAAGCGGACAUACCCUACUUUUAAUCUUGUUGGUUUACCAUACGGAACAGUCGUGGAAGUGGGUUCGUCCAAACUGCAUCCCUUGCCGGAAGGAGAAGACGUCAUUCCGAAAUAUCCCGACACGAACAAAAAGGGAGACGAUUCCAAUGAGGGCAAUCUGGAAGAUGCCGAAGCCACAGCUGCCGACAAUACAUUUCCUUCCAUUGAACAGGCAAAUGAUAAUCGCGACUUGGUAGACAACAAUACUUCGCAACAAUUGCAGCAAAGGCAGGUCGAAAAAAUGAGACGAACUGGAAUGGAAGGAGCCACGAUUGUGGACACGCUCAUUGAAAACUCUGCCUCCUUUCAAAACAAGACGGAAUUCAGCAAGGCCAAGUAUGUGGCUAGGAAACAGUUAAAGUACCAACAGCGGUGUCGAAUUGUAAGAUGCACUCCCUCCUCUUUGUGCGAGGCAAUGUUUUUGAAGGAACCACGAAAAAUGCUGAACCUGAGAGAAGAUACACUGGGACAAAUAUUGAGCUAUUCCAAUGUGUGCGCCGGAAGCCACGUGCUAGUCAUGGACAAUUGUAUGGGCAUUGUCACGGGUGCGUUAGCUCAGCGAAUGGGAGGAUAUGGAAAGGUAUUUUCUAUUUACCCAGGUCAGCAACCACCCUAUGUGGACAUGAUUGCUCGAUUUAAUCUUAACUUUGCUGAGAACAGUUCCAUCAAAUGGGUCCACGUAGAGGACGUAUUCGGUACCCCUCAAGGCGAAACGCCGACAUCUGCAGAAACUGAGGUGGAUGAAGAAAAAGCAGAUCGGGAAUUGCUGGAGUGGCCAUGCCCCUUGCAAGAUCACACGCGGGCCCACUUGGAAAAGAUGGAGUCUGAAAAGGAAAAACGAGACUUUCUGGCCAGGCGAUGUGCUCGGUUUACCCGAAAACUCACACGGGGUACACCCGGAGAAGCAAAGGAAAUGUUGAAUGCACGCAAGUGCGACUCCGUCGUUAUUGCUACAAAACAUGACCCUACCCAAUCCCUGAUAGAACUUCUCCCUUACUUGGCGCCGUCUUCUCCAUUUGUUGUUUUUUGUGAAUACAUUGAACCCUUGGCGGAAUGCUUUCGCGAACUGCAAGAGCAAAGGCUUGCAAUUAACCUUCGUUUGAGCGACACUUGGAUGCGAGAGUAUCAAGUGCUUCCUGGUCGAACACAUCCCAGUAUGAACAUGAGUCAGAGUGGAGGUUUCGUACUUACCGGAAUCAAACUUUGUCCAGUGACUGGUAUCAAUGAUUUAGAUGAAGAAAUCAUGAAAGAAAUCAAGGAGAAGAUGGGAGGACGGCGAGGGAAGAAGAGCAGCAACAAGAAGAAAGGGGGAAAGCGAGGUCGAAAUGAUGCAGGAGGAGAUGGGGAACGGGGUCAAAAGUCCAGACGCGUGGAAGGAAAAUAA